AUGCAAGGAAGGAUGUUCGAUCACAUUCAGAGUUUGGACAAGUCAAGGAGUAACUGGAAGAUCAAAGCUAGGCUUACACGUUUCUGGCCAACAUUUUCCCCCGAAACUGCGGCUAUUAAGGGAUUCAACCUAAUUCUGCUCGAUGAUGAUGUUUAUCCUGAUAAUUGGAGAGCUAUAGACAAGGAAGUUGCUGAAGGAAAGGUUUACGUGCUUGAGAACUUCCAGGUUAGGGAAACCAUUGGGAAGCUCAAGCCAGUUUCGACAAGGUUAUGCAUACGACUUCUUAGCAGUAAUGUCAUUGAGGCUGUUGAAGAUGAUGUUAUGAUCCCUAAACACAAGUUCGAGUUUAUGGAUAUGGGCGACUUGCUUGACGAGUGCCAACGUCUGACAGAGAAUCAAAAUCCUGAGUUUGCUUAUGAUGUCAUUGGUGUUGUUGAACACUUCAAGAAGGUUAAAAAAGUUCAAACUAAAUAUGGAGAGAGAGACCAGUCACGCUUCAUAUUCAGUGAUGGGAGUUUGAAAUUCAAGGUCACGCUAUGGGGUGAUCUUGCCAGCUCUGUCAGUGAGAGUUUUAAGCCUGAUCUUGAGAAGCCUGUCAUAGGCAUUCUUACAAGUGCCAAAUUGUCAACCUUUAGGGAGGAGCACCAAAUUGGAGCGUUGCCAUCCACAAAGAUUUUCUUCAUCCUUGAUAUUGACUCAGUUGCUGAAUUUCGUGAAAGGUUAAUUGAAGAAGGUUACAAGCCACCUGAAGAUUCUGACGAAGGCACAUCUGAGCCUCCUCUUAGUCUGGUGAUUGAGAAGACGUCAUUCAAAGACCUUAUUGAGAACUCUGUCACUUAUCGUGACAAGAGAACCGUCAUUGUCAAGUUUCUCAUCACCAAGAUCGAGGAUGAAGAUAACUUGUGGUUUAAUAGCUGUGUUUCAUGCCAAGCUGAGGUUGAGAAAGUUGACAAAAAAUUUAAGUGUCCAGAAUGCAAGCGCAGUUUUGGAUAUGCUGAGAAGAGGUUUCGAAUAGUUGCGCUGGCUGAUGAUUCUACCCUGGUGACUAAUGUGAUACUCAUGGAUCGCUUUGUCAAGCGUGUGGCCGGUACCACAGUGGCUAAUAUUCUAAGUGAGAUCAAAAAGGAUAGCUCUGUUCCUGUUUUGUCCACUCUGUUCCAAACCAUUAUUGGGAAGGAUGUCACCGUUUUCAUCAAGCUCACAGAUGCUACUGUUGCUGGAGACAGCAAUCUAUAUAACAUUGUUGAUAUUUGUGAUUCUCCUACCGAUGAGGUUGCUAUUGUCCAAGCUUCACCAUCCAACACAUCUGCCUCUUUUACAAUGGAUGGGGCACUGGCUGACAUAGAGCUUUUCCAGACCCUGGGAUCAUCUCAAUCUGUCACAAAGAAGAUCAAAAUGGGUUAA